UCACUGUUUCCCAGCCAGGGCAGCUUAAGGCUGUUCGCAACCAAUGUGCUAUUAUUUUACUAUUCUCAUUUAAGUAGUCAUUUGUCCUACCUGCAUUAGCUGAGCAGUGUUGUAUGAAUUUCAGAGGCUGCUAUGAAUGACCCAACGUGAGCUAAUAUGCUGUCACACUCAAAACAGUGGCAGACCGGCUGACAAAACUGCUUUCAGCGUCAUCUGCAACUCAAAGGAUCACUUCACACCCGAGCAGUUUCUUGACGAAGGACGGAAUGGGAAAAAACGAUUAAAGGCAAAUGCUGUCCCUAGCAUAUGUUCUCUGCCUGUAGACUCACCAGUACAAGUCACACGUGGAGAAGCACCUCAUGGUGUCACCAAAUCAAGAUCAGACUGCUCAGCACUAGAAAUGGUGCAAGAGACCCCUGGCACCCCUGGCAUCUUCAAGGCUGCUUCAGGGCCUUUAGGUGGGAUAAAGCUCUUGGUCGACACCUAGCAGGCCAGGUGCUGGUCUUAUUAGUUUCUGCAGCCUGUGCUCCAGUCCUCAUGAGUGAACACAAAUGUUUGCUAGUGUUAAAUUGCGUACCGAAUAAUAAAUGCACCUGGCAUUGCAAGUACCACUGACUAGCUUUUCCUGAUAAAGACGUUCCACAGCGUUUCCCGCGUUACCACUUCGCAAUUAGACACUCUGACCGGUAAGCUUGCCAUUGCAUUAAAAGAAAUCGGUGGCAUGAAAAUUGGUUGUCAGUCCCUCUUAGUACACAUUUUGCAAUUGUGGAUGCAACAUUCCAUUAGUACCCAAGACUGCACCUCUAGUGCCGAUUUUCUAAAUGGCUAAAAUUCACUGUUUUCUGCCUAAAAUUCCAGUCUCUACAACUCAUAACAGUUUUGCUAAAUUGUCAAAUUUUGUGUAUGAUUUCUUGGCCACGUAAUGCCUGCCUUGGAGGGUAAUCUAGCCCAAAAUGUGCAGUGGUGGUAUCUGCAAUAAGUGAUUUAAAAAAUAUAUAUAUAUUUGCUCGCAUAUUGGAACUGGUAUGUUCUGAAACCGGUAUGUUCUGUUUUGGAACUGGUAUGUUCUGAAACCGGCAUGUUCUGUUUUGGAAGUGGCAUGUUCUGAAACUGGUAUGUUCUGUUUUGGAACUGGUAUGUAUCUGGUAUGUAUCUGGUUCAACUUCUCUGUGUGGCCUGCUCCUGUAUUCCAUACUUCUGGAGUAUCUUAUUUAUGAAUUACCUGUGUCUGCAAUAAAAAUGAAAUGCUUUGGUAUUCUCAUGCACUACAUGGCCAGUGUGUUAUUUGUGUAAUAAACGAACUUUAUAAAUAAACUCUUUUUAUCACAUCUUCA